AUGUCAUCCUCAAUCUCCCCCUCCCUCCCACCUCUCACCCUGUCCUUCGAACCCACCAACACCUCCAAUUCCGAAUCCCCCACCUCCCAAUCCCUCAUCACCCACCUCUCCCUCCAACCGCACCCCGAAGGCGGCUACUUCGCCGAAACCGACCGCGACACCCUCCGCAUCCCGAACCCCUUCGCCUCCGACCCCCGAUCGAAACUCGUCGAGUCCCGCAGCGCCAGCACGACGAUCUUCUACUACCUCACGCCGAAGAGUCCGUUGGGGCAUUUCCAUCGGAAUAAGGCGAGGACGGUGCAUACGCUGCAUCGGGGCAGGGGGAGGUAUGUUUUAAUUCAUGCGGAUGAGGUUGCUGCGGGGGCGGAUGAUGGGGAUGAGGUGGAGGAGGGGUUGAAGUGGACGGGGAAGGCGAGGGUGGAGACUUUUGUGGUUGGGCAGGACGUGGAGAGCGGGGAGAGGUUGCAGUGGGUUGUUGAGGGGGGGAAGUAUAAGGCGAGCUUCCUACUGCCGGAUGAGGAUGGCGGAGGGAGCAGCGAUGGGUUGUUGAUAUCAGAGACGGUCGUGCCUGGAUUCGAGUUCUCAGAUCAUGAUUUCAUGAAGCGAGACAGAUUCGAAGCGCUAGUUACUCCUGAGCAGGCGAAAGAGAUGGAGUGGAUGGUGAGAAAAGGCGAGUCAGAAGUAAUGGUUUGA